UGUGCCGAUAAGUAGCUGAAGAUUUUCGCGAAACGUCAACAAAGGCCAAACACAAACAACGAAGAAGACAGCAGAGACGAUGGAGGACGACGAUGCAAUGGCUGUCCGCGGCGCUGGUGCUGGUGCGCCCAUGGUGACCUUUGGUUCGCGGUUUGUGCACAUGAAGGAAGCUGUACAGGAGGAUGAACGCACACGCACAGCCCACGACAGCAUGCGCGCCCUUCGCGUUCAAGGGGAUCAUGUGGACUACGACAAUGUCCAGCAAACACACGUCUAUGGACCACUGCCGACACAUGGCAUCCCCGAAGAGGAGAGCGACGAGGGCAUGACCGUGGACACAAACUUCCUCGUUGUGCGGCCGGCCCAGAUUGUCAGCGAUCCGCAAGCCCACAAGGCCACCAAGGACCAAACUGUCCAAUGCAGCAAUUGCGGUGCAUAUGCCAACGAGUUCUCGCAGCUGGAGGGAUCAGCCUGGCGCUGUGAAUUCUGCCGCAAGGACAAUGUCGUGAAGAAGCACAAGGCGUUGAAGAAACUGGCUGGACACUCAACCGUCGAGUAUACGCUCUCGGGCCCUACCAUCAAGAAGCGCCCAAAAGCACCGCUCUAUGUGUUCUGCAUUGACAUCAGUGGAAGCAUGGGCGUCACGUCAACGGUGCGGGAUGGUGAUGGAGAGCAUUAUGUGUCGCGCCUGGACCACAUGAAGGCGGCCAUUCAGGGCUGCCUUGCUGAUCUGUUGACUGAAACCUUGCGGAAGAUUGUGCGUGAGGACUUUGUCGCGUCCUCCGUCGCCAUCAAGCUCAUCACACACACUUGUUUGCAGGCAUACCGCUUCGGGCAUCCCUUGUGCACUGACAUUGGCAUGAGCUUUGAAACGCAGCGUCUUGGCUGCAUUUCAAACGACGUCUUUACCACAUUCCAGUUUGGAGCCAUUCUUCCGUCCCAGGCUGCUCAGCUCCCUGUCCCGUGUAUGCCGCCCGCAGCCGAUCAACGGCUGCCAUUUCAACUGCAAGUCGAGUACACGACGCCUUUUGGGGCGCGAAUGCUGCGUGUGCUUACUGUUGAGCGCGAACAAACAAGUCAUGCAGAGGAGGCGUUUCAGGCUGCUGAUCCGGAGCUGUUGUGCUUGCACGCAGCACACACCACCAGCACACUCAUGCAACAGAGCGCGAGAGCUGCGAGUCGUAUGCGUGGUGGAUACGACAACUUGGUGGAGCAGAUUCGCCAAGCGCAGCAGCGCCCCGCCGGAUAUGAGAACGUGCAGUUGGCGUUUGACACCAUCUACGACAAUGUCAACGUCUUGCAACAAGGGCCCAACGACGAGGCUGCAGAUCGGAUGUUCCGUUUGCGGCGAAUGGGGUCCGUUGCUCGCGGCCGGGGAGGACCGCAGCCCGUGUACCAACUCGCUACGGACACGAGCACUUGCACAGGCACGCACGCACCGCAGCUGCACCACGACGACGUUUACGCUGUCGCCCUCAACAAGUCCUCAGAUGCACAACCACACUCAUAAACGGCGCAACUAUCAACGGCAGCCCCAGCAUCCCUCGCUUGGCCAUGCUGUUUUGCUUGGUUGCUUGCUUGGCCCUUUUUCAUUCGUCUUUUCGUGCCCUGUCGAUGCAUGCAUGCACAUACACCUGACGCAGUCAUCCAUCGCCUGCGUACAAUUUCGAGAAAUUGGCACCAGCUUGGGCGAGUUGUCUGUUUCCCGUGCACAUGAGUGGGCUGGUUGUUUAUACAUAUCGUGGACCUAAACACGAGAAACGAACACGAGAACGAAAAUACACACGACCAAGCG